CUCUGUCUGCGCGCGCCGGGGGGCGGGGGCGGGGGCGGGGCCGCGGCGGGCGGGGGCGGGGCCGCGGAGCGUGCCGCCUCCGACGUGUUUCCGGCCUUAAAGGCACCUCGCCCUUCCCUUUAAGACGCACCGCCCCUCCGCAGUCACUCCCAAGAUGGCGGACCUGCUGGGCUCCAUCCUGAGCUCCAUGGAGAAGCCGCCCAGCCUCGGGGACCAGGAAUCUCGGCGCAAGGCCCGAGAGCAGGCCGCCCGGCUGAAGAAACUGCAGGAGCAAGACAGACAGCAGAAAGCCGAGUUCCGUAAAAGGAUGGAGAAAGAGGUGUCAGAUUUCAUCCAAGACAGCGGCCAGGUCAAGAAAAAGUUCCAGCCAAUGAACAAAAUAGAGAGGAGCAUCCUACACGAUGUGGUGGAAGUGGCUGGCCUGACGUCCUUCUCCUUCGGGGAAGAUGAUGAGUGUCGCUAUGUCAUGAUCUUCAAAAAGGAAUUUGCGCCCUCCGAUGAAGAGCUGGACUCCUACCGUCGUGGCGAGGAGUGGGACCAGAAGGCCGAGGAGAAACGGAAGUUGAAGGAGCUGGCCCAGCGGCAGGAGGAGGAGGCGGCCCAGCAGGGCCCCGUGGUGGUGAGCCCCGCGAGCGACUACAAGGACAAGUACAGCCACCUCAUUGGCAAGGGGGCGGCCAAGGACGCAGCCCACAUGCUGCAGGCCAACAAGACCUACGGCUGUGUGCCCGUGGCCAACAAGAGGGACACGCGCUCCAUCGAAGAGGCCAUGAAUGAGAUCCGGGCCAAGAAGCGGCUGCGCCAGAGUGGGGAAGAGUUGCCUCCCACCUCCUAGGCGCCGCUGCUCCCCGGGGCAGGGCAGGGCAGGGCAGGGGGCAGGGGGAACAGGCUGCUGCUACUAGAACCCAUCCUGGAGCCCCCCCGCCCCCCACACCACCUCUGACGGUGUCUAUCGGGCUGGGGGGCUGGUUUGACGCGUCA